CUUGAUUGAGAGCAAUUGUAGUUGGGGCCCAAAUGUACAAUCUGUCUAUGGGCUAAAGCCCAUUUUCUUGCUUGCUUAAGUAGACAAAACCUUGCGGUUGCUUGUCCAUGGAGUCCUCCUCCUCCCUCUCUCAUUGGGAUUAUUUGGGUUUGUUAAUUUUGCGACCUGUUCUCGCUAUCUUGUUUGUGUUUUCGUUUAUAUCUAUUGGUUGGUUUUUGGCAUGGAUGCUAGUGCUGGUACAUGUGCCUUUGGUUCAAGAGAUUUUCGGCCCGCGUAAAAAUCCCACCAAGCCUAAGCCACUGACCCUUCGAAUAUCAAGAAUUUAUGAUACCAUUGAUCCCCGAUAUUUCACUCCUGCUGGGAUUAACAGCUCUAGAUCAGCAGCAGAUUGAACCUCUUGGUUUCUUGCUUGUUUGGGGGGGUGGGGUGGGGUUUGGCAGAGGAAUAAAAAACCACACCCAUCAUUGGUUCCCAUUAGAGAAAUCAAGUUUCAGAUGAUCAUAGACUUAUCGGGGAUUGUGCUUGUACAUACGUUUGCCAAUACCCUGAAGUUGCAUUGAUACAAAAGUCAGUUGAUCACAGCAGGUUUCCCAAUCUGAAGUUCCAUGAUGUUAAUUGUUCGAGAAGCCAGCUUCAAUCUGAAGUUCCUUGAUUCCAGUUAAUGCUCCACGUGUCUUUGUCGUUGCUGAUUGGUAUUUUGUAUCAAACGAAUUUGUGCUCUAAUGAAAAGCUCUUUUAAGUAAACAA